AUGGCUCAUUUACCACUCCUGCUCCUCCUGCUCCUCCUGCUCCUCCUGCUCCUCCUGCUCCUCCUCCUGUUCCUCCUGCUCUUGCUCCUUGUAGUCGACAAGCUGCCCAACGAAACUCAAGAGAACAAUGCAAGCAUUUUGAUACAAGGGAAGAUUGCUUUAUUCGGAGCUUGCCCUCCAGACGAUGUUACAGCUAUCUUCAACAGGGUUUUGUUUUUGUCCGACGCUGAGGGGUCCAACUCCAAACUAUGCAACAGCAUUGAAGAUGUUGGGGGAGCAAUCGUUGUAGCACAGAGAGGGGAAUGCAACUUCUUCAACAAGACCAUCAAUGCAUGGAGAGCCAACGCCUCUGCACUGAUCGUAGGGAAUGAUGAGAGUGACCUUGAGAAUGCUCUUUUUCCGAUGGGCUGCCCUCAAGAAUACGAUUCUCUGUGCAACAACAUGAGUAUUCCAAGCAUCAUGAUCAGCUCCAAAGAUUAUCAAGCGCUCAAGCUUAUCAUUGCUGCACAUGAUGCUCGCACUUUGCGGAUGAAAGUGUAUGCUCGUAAGCACCCGUCGAUCGAUCCAGCAUCAGUGAUUAUAUGGGCGAUGGGCGUCUCAAUCGUGGUGAUAGCCUCGUACCUGAGUGCAUACACAGAGCGAAAUACUGCUGCAGGAAAUGUAGUAGGCGAACGAGGGGAAGUCGAGGGUUUCGACAAGAACCUCCCAUUCCAAGAACUGAACAUGGGUCAUGCGUUAGGGUUCAUCGUUGUUUCAUCAGUGGCAACUCCACUCCUAGAGAGGGCAUUUCAGUCAUGUGCGAAGAAGGUUUGUACAGUUUUACUAUCUCUUGCCGUUCUAUACGACAUCUUCUGGGUCUUCAUCAGCCCGCUCCUUUUUUCCGAGAAUGUGAUGAUAGGCGUUGCAACCGGGCAAGGGCAUGACUGGACCAAUGGAACAGACCAUGACUCUCCUCCGGAAAUGAUUCCAAUGUUGCUGGUGGUUCCUAAAGUUCUGGACUGGGCGGGUGGAGUGACCUUACUAGGACUGGGAGACGUCGUUCUUCCAGGGCUUCUUGUUUCCUUCGCCCUUCGUGUGGAUAACCUGAAGCAGAAAAGUGCUCUUGGAGGAUAUUUCUUGUACAUUAGCUUCGGCUAUGCCGUCGGACUGAUGUUUGCUAUCCUGGCAUCGUUGGUCAUGCAUAUGGGACAGCCGGCACUGCUUUACCUCGUGCCGUGCACGCUCUGGCCCUUCUUGCUUCUGAGCUGGUCACGAGGAGAGCUGAAGGAGAUGUGGGAAGGCCCAUUUCAACGCGAGGAAUCUGAUCACCAUGAUGCGAGUGCGGCUGAAGAGAACGACUGUCUCGACAAGGACGAUCUAGAGCAGAAUGCGAGUGGAGCGGAUUUUGAUGAUUCAACGAGGACAACACAAGCACAAGGACCUGAGUGCCGCCAACGUCUGCUGGACUGA